AUGCUGGCCGAGGACGAUCCGAAGACCAAUGCUGCGUGCUACAUCAAUUGUAUGGAAUCAGCCUUGUGCGAAUGCGCCUGCUCGGACUUCCGCCCAAAGAGAUUCCCCGCCCUUGAGAAUAUCCAAAAGGUCAAGUCCUUGACAUCUCUGCACAAGGAUGAUUUCAAGACUGCCGUGCUUGGGGAUUACUGGAGGGCUCGGAUUUUGACGCCCUACAGCGGUCGGCUUCUUACCAAACCAACGGAUAAACUCGUCGCUCUUACAGCUGUCGCUUCCCGAUUGCAAUCCGAGUUUGGGCUGACUUACCUCGCUGGACUCUGGAAAGAUGAUCUCAUAAAGGAGCUGCUGUGGUGUGUCAGUCCCCGUGGGCGCAACGCAAAACACAAUCCAAUCUAUCAGGAGAGCUUCUACGCUCCUACCUGGAGUUGGGUCUCGGUUGACGCUCCGAUGUCCUGGCAUCCUUUUGAACGUGUUGACCCUACAGAGGAACCACUGGCUCAAGUCAUCGAAGCCUACACGCGCCCUUCGACAGUCAAUCCGUUUGGCGCCGUAUCUCACGGGGAGAUCAAACUUUCUGCAAGUGUCCGCCCAGUGACUGCAGAAUAUGAUGAUGAAAGGGAUUGGUGCCAGUGGACCAUACCUGUGGCUCAGAUAAGCGAAUCACUCAGCGAUUGA